AUGGAACACGAUGUUGAUAUUAAUACGUAUGAUUGGGCACCAGUUGCACGUAGUGUAUACACUCCUGGAAGUGAAGUAGUGGUCACUCCCUCAGGUGGGCUCCUAGUAGUCGUAUGGAUUCACGGAGGAGGGUAUAUUUCGGGAGCUGCGAAUUUAUACAAUGGCGCAGAGCUAAUCAUGAAAUUGAAACACGGAGUUAUCACUGUUGUGCUCCAGUACCGCCUCGGUUUAUUCGGUUUUCUGGCUGGAGAAGUGGUCAAAGACGGGGGUGUACCUAAUGCAGGACUACAUUUGUGUUUAUCAAAUCCUGACAUGGGUCCAGGCCUACGUGAGCGGAAAUAUCCACUUAUAAGUAGCUUCGGUGGAGACCCAACGAGAGUCAUGAUUUGGGGUCAAUCUGCUGGCGCUGGUUCCGUGCUACAGCACAUUUUCGCUCAUGGAGGAAACACGCAGCCUCCUCUCUUCAAAGCUGCUAUGACAAGUUCCACGUACUUGCCUUCACAAUACAACUACAACGAUCGAAUUCUGGAGAUGCUGUAUAAUAUGGUCGUGAACGGGAUGAAUUCGAGUUCGGAUACCCUAUCUUGCUUGCGCGCUGCAGACGUCAAUACGUUGCAAACCUUAAAUCAUAACAUCAAUCUCAACGGAUUCUUUGGCACAGCCACGUUCAGCCUGCGUAGAUUUGCAUGA